AUGAUCCCAAAUGGGGCCAGCCAAGUGAAACACAAAGAAUCCCUUUGUUGCAGUCCCUCUAACCAGAGAAAGGAAGCCAUUCCCCUCUCUUGUUUACACCACCACCUUGCCACUCAUAUCACAACCAAUCCUCUUGUCAAUCUGUCUCAAAUAAACCUCCCCGUCAUAUUGUCUCUGAACACAGACCCUAACGAAUGCUUGGAGCCAGACUACAUUGCAACAGACAGCAGGAAAAGCAAAAGGAAGGAACCUGAAAAAGAAGAUAUGGAUGUGUCGGACGUCGAUGUAGAGCAGCCUCCUCAAAAGCGAGUCAAUAACAACGACAAACCUGUCAAGCCCUUUAAGGUCCCGGACACCCUUGCUGACGACUGGGUGCCAGCUGUGGAUGAACUCUACCCAUACGGGAAGCUUACAUGA